AACAGAAGAAAAAAAAGUUUUAAAAACUAUUUGUUGACAAAAAAUGGAAGAAAAUGCUCAGCCUAAGACCCUGUUGGAGUCCAUGUCGAUUGAGACGAUUGCAGAAAUCAAGGCCAAACGUUUGGCAAACAAAAAAGAUGCCAUUAGAGCCUUGGGAUUAAGGGUGAAGAAAAAAGUACCACAACCGGAUGAAAAGGACAAUUUGGAGGUAAAGUCUGUGGCGGAAAUCGCCAUGGCACGUGAACGUUAUCAUCGAAAUCGCCAAGAGUUGUUGAUGGGUGAAAACGAAGUGUCGGGAGUACUGAAAACGUUGUCCAAGGUUUUUGACUUUCGUAAACGACGCCUGGUAGACAAAACACGGGAGGCAUCUGCAAAGUCGUCGGGCAAUAUUAGUGCGAACAAGAAAGAACAGUCGAAGCUGCGUGAGGUUCCUGUGGUGCCACCGCAAUUGGAACCCACAAUAGAGCGUAACUCCAAAUAUAAUCGUUACGGUCAGGAGCGUUUCCUCAAACCAGUGGGAGUAAAGGGCAAGGAGGAAUUUGGCAUCAAUCCAUUGGGUACAAAUAUAGCAAAGCCAUCUACAUCUUCAUCGGCAUCUCGUCGUCGGACCUCUUUGCAACAGCGUAAGACAGUGCUUCCCAUUAUUGUUGUACCAAAGGCACUGACCAGCAUGGUCACCUUACAUAAUGCCAAGCAAUUGCUGCAGGAUAUGCGCUAUGUGUCCGUAGAUGAAAUGCGUCAAAAAGGAUCACAAUAUCUGGAGGAAGUCAUUAUCGAAAGACGUGUUCAGGGUGAUAUUUUGCGUUAUCGUGUUAUCGAUAACGUAUCUCGACUAAAAGAAAACGAAUGGAAUCAAGUUGCCGCUGUCUUUGCCCUUGGACCACAUUGGCAAUUUAAGGGCUGGCCCCAUAAAGGUGAUCCGGCAGACAUUUUCCAUCACGUUUGCGCAUUCCAUUUACAUUUUAAGGAUUCGCCUAUUCACAAGGAUCUCAGGAACAUGCAGGUGAAUGAAUUGAGUCUACCGAAAUAUGAAAGGCACAUGGAUUGUGGCAUUCUAAUGGAAUUCUGGAAUAAGCUGGAUCAACAUAUUGCCCACAAUCAUCAGCAGUUUGCAUUCAUGAGGCAAAAGUAGUUAGUCAACUGAGACAGCUUUUUGCCUUGUCCCCGAGAACUCACACAUACAAACACACACACACACACACACAAAAAACACACACACACACAC